GACUUGUGUUGACGCGCUAAACAAAAGUGAUGCUUGAUAGUCAACCAAAUAUAAUCGAACUUGUGAAGGAGGUUCUUUGAAUUCACAUUUAUAUUUUUAGCUAGUUUUUGGAGUACUUCCAACUUCACGAGAGUUGCAAUGCAUUUACAGAAGAAUCACGCAUAUUUCAUGGUGUGAACCUGGAGCAAUGGAGGCCUGCUUCCGAUUUUAAAAAAAAGCAAGAAGUACUUAAUCUUCUCAGAAAUAUUAAGAAAAAAGAAUUUUAUCAUGCCUUGUUUACUUUGGUGCCUGAAACUGAGCGACAGAAGCAGGAAUUUAUGCAGCUAGAAUUUGAUCUCAACCUGUUUUUCCUGACUGCAUUUUGGCAGGAGUAUAACAACGACGAAAGACAUGCAUCCAUGCAAGAAUUCAAGCUAUAUUUAGAAACUAGGGGCUCAGUUCAUAGUCAGAACACGGAGUUUCUGGCUUAUUAUGCAUUGCCUUAUGUGACUAAACCUAAUGAACACCCGAUAUACCGUCAGCUUUUUGAGGAAACAUGGCGAAACUCUGUUGUCUUACGUUUGUCAAAGUACAUUGAUUCAAUCAUUCAACCAAAUGGUGGUAAAAUCCCCCAUUUACUUAAUUUGGUCACCAAACCUAACGUGAAGCAAGAUCGUCUGCUGCGGCAGCUUACGAAUGAGUUGUCAGAUGCUGAAAAGCGAGCAACACAGUCUCAGAAACGGUUAACCAGGCUGCAGAUGGAUUAUCAAACACUUAUAUCAGUAACUGCAGAUAUUCUAGAUGCCUUAGAAAGUACUCUAAAAGGAAAAUCUCUAGAUAGCUCAGUAAUGCAAAAAAUAUACUCUCGUCUGGUACAUAGUCAAAAUAAUGGGAUUUUAAGGGUAAAUCAUCAAAACAGUCAGUUCAAUAAGACAUCGAAUAAUACUUUUGGAUGUGAAACCAAAGAAAUACUGUUUGGAGAGGAAAAACCUGAAACUAAUGGUAACAAACCAAACCCGUCCGUUGGCUUAUACUGAUAUAAAAUAGUCAAGAGGUUAAAGGUUUCUCGUGCGAGACCAAUACGUCAUGAGUUGGAAUCCUAUAGUCAAGAUCAUGGGUGCACACUGUUGAGGAGUCCUGUACUAGGACGAAACAAUCGUCCAAUGCUUCCAGGUUUUUUAUAAUGGCCUAGUUUACAUCAAAUUAUGAAUUCAAUUAUUAAAAAAUGACCAUACUCUUCACAAAACCCUCUUUCUCAUAAAAUUAUUCUAUUAUGUAAUUAAUUGAGAAAAGAAAACAAUUAAAAAGUAGAUAAUCACAUUUACUUAUUAUCAGAAGAAAACAGCUGAUAUACAUUAGGAAUGAAAUACUUCAGCC